AUGAAUCUCAAAUUGGGUGAUGGAUCGGUUUUUGAUGAAGAAAUGAAAGAAAGUGAAGGUGUUUUCGGUCUUGGAAGCUUCUUGAGGAAGGCUUUCGAAACCAAGAGAGUUCUAGUGAGUAAAUACGAAAUGGGGUGGUUUAAGGAAAGAUUUGCUAGCAUAAGAUUGAAAAACAACUUGAGUGUAAACCCUCUAAUAACACCAAUAGCCACUCAACCACCAUCCCCCUCCCGACUUGCAACUUCAAAGAAGAAUUUGGAUGAGAAAGAGAUCUUGGACACCUUCCGAAAGGUGGAAGUAAACAUUCCCUUACUUGAUGCAAUCAAACAAAUUCCGAGACAUGCAAAAUUCUUGAAGGAGCUUUGCACAAACAAGAUAAAGUUGAAAGGAAAUGAGAAAAUCUCGAUGAACGAAAAUGCAUCCGCGGUUUUGCAAAGGAAGCUUCCACCCAAGUGUAAAGAUCCCGGAAUGUUCACAAUCCCUUGCAAGAUUGGAGAUGUCACCUUUAGUAGUGCUAUGCUUGAUCUUGGUGCCUCUAUCAAUGUCAUGUGUUACUCGGUGUAUGAAUCAUUGAAUGCCGGACCCUUAAGCGAAACCGGUGUCAUAAUAUCUCUUGCGGAUAAAUCAAGUGUCUUUCCUAGAGGUGUUUUGGAAGAUGUCCUAGUACAAGUAAACCAAUUGGUCUUCCCGACGGAUUUCUAUGUGAUUGAACUAGAUGAACAAGUGUCCUUAAAAUCGGGUAUAAUCUUACUUGGGAGACCAUUUUUUAAGACGGCUAGAACAAAGAUUGAUGUGUAUAUAGGAAGUUUGACAAUGCAGUUUGAUGAUGAAACAAUAAGUUUUAACAUUUAUGACGCUAUGAGAUAUCCUAGUGAUGUUUCCUCUUUGUGUUUUGUUGAUGUUAUUGAACCAAUGACUCAAGAGUUGUUCGAGUUGUGUCAUGAUGACAUGUUGGAGAUGAACUUGAGCAAGGGGUUUGACUGUGCAAAACUAGCCAAGAAAUUGAAGCUUUACUCACUAGAACCCGAAAUUGAAAGAUUAGUCAACAAUUUGGAAAACAAGAAGACCACCCAAUUUAGUGUGAAGCAAAUUGAAUUACCUCAAACUCACACGAGAUUGCCACCCUCCCUUGUCCAACCGCCCGAAUUAGAAUUGAAGGUCCUCCCUCAACAUUUGAAGUAUGCGUACUUGGGAGACAACGAGACUCCCCCGGUUAUCAUUUCAACUCACCUAACCAAGUGA